AUGGAGAGUCCUGCUAUUAACUCCUUAUCCAAGACUCUGGAAGGAAUUCAUAAGGAUACAGAUUAUUCCGAGGAUAUGUCAAGAAGGCAAGAAAGGUUAGAAAAUUCUAGUCCUCAGCCGUACGCUAAAGAUGAGGAAGAACAAUUUUAUUCAGAUUCUGAAGGAGAAAUACGUGAUUUCAGAGAUCAAGAUAAUCGCAGUAUCAAUAGUACACAUGGUAGUACACACAGUAAACAUCUGACUGUUUUAGAGAAGGUGCAAUCACAAUAUUCGUUCUUCCAUGAGAAAUUGGGUAAGCAAAGAAAGGGUAUUGUUAUAAAAUAUGCAUUGAUUUAUCUUUUGAUGAGUUCAUUGAUAUUGGGGAUGUUUUCGAUAUAUUGGGGGUCGUUUUACCAAAGAAACUCGAGACUCAAGAAUUUGAAUAUGUUGGUGGUAAUUGAAGAUGACCAUACUGUGGAUGGAAUUGAACCCGUCAUUGGAAAUACCAUUAGAGAAAUAUUAAAUACCGAUGCUGCCAAGGCAUAUGGUAAAUGGCACAUUUUCAAUCAAUCAGAAAUCCGGGAACAAGCAGAUAAGAACAAGAAUGAUGUUGACGCCGAGGUACAAAGACUUAUACAUCACCAACAAUAUUGGUCAUCUAUAUAUGUGAAACCUGAAGCAUCAUAUAAUUUAUACAAAGCGAUUUCUGAGGGUGAUGCAUCGUAUAACGUUACAGACAAUACCAUUUUGUCAUACUACGAAACGGGCAGGGACUUUCUCAGUAUGAAUCUGUAUGUUACCCCGAGUAUCAAGAUUAUUGAACAAAUGUGGUUGAAGAAACUGGCUAAUGUGACUUUGUCGUUAACUAACAAGUUAUCGUCAUCUGAAAGAUCAGACGUCUUGAGCGAUUCUAACUCACUCGAACUUUUAUCCACGCCAAUUAGCUUCACAUAUAUCGAUAAAAUCCCGUUCACCGAUCCUGUUUUAACAGCUCCAUCUCAAGUUGGGUUGAUUUAUAUGAUCAUUAUCACUUUCUUCCAGGUUAACUUUUUCAUGGAUGUACACAAGGGUGUUGCUUCGUUAAAUAUCAAACCCAUGCAUUUCGUUGUUUACAGAAUACUUUCUUCUGUUCUUUCGUUCUUUGUCAUAAGUUUAUUUUUCUCCUUCCCCUCAUUGGCAUUUCAGGUUGAUUUCACUAAGGCCUUUGGCAACUCUGGCUUUUUAAUAUACUGGAUGAUUACAUUCCUUACAAUGUGGGCAGUUGGUAUGGCCAACGAAGUCAUGGCCCUUAUCUGUGUUAUGGUAUAUCCUCCGUUAAUGGGAUUUUGGAUGUUGUUUUGGGUUAUUAUAAAUAUUGCUCCAACCUUUGCUCCAAUUGCAUUAUGCCCCGAAUUUUACAGAUAUGGUUAUGGAUUACCUAUUCAUAAUUCCUACGAGAUUACAAAAGUCAUUCUAUUCGAUACAUAUAAGGGCAAUUUAGGAAGAAGCUUUGGAAUUGUCAUUGCUUGGGUGGUAAUAUUUACAUUAUUACUUCCAUUCGUUCUCAAAUUAUUCCUGAAGACCAUGGCUAAGAGAGCCCAGGCAGCUGCUCAGGCAGCUCAGAAGAGCGCAAAUAAUUAA